ACAAUUUACACGCAACACUAUUGGAUAAUUAGCUGUUUGUGUUGGUUGCUAAUCACGUGAUUGAUCUAACACUGGUACAGCAGCAAGCCCAGGAAGAACAAUUUACAAGCAACACUAUUGGAUUCUCCAUGUUUAACGAAAGUUUGUAGUUUCAGGCUUAUUAUGGGAAGAAAAAAAUUACCUGGUACAAUGCAGAAGAGGAGAAGGAAAUAUACAAGCUCUUCAAGUUAAAGGAUCAUAAAAAGUUAAAAAGGUGCCUGAACAUGGACCCUUGGUGUUCUGGCCAAGAUGUGUUACGGUGUCAUCUCUGUAAGACCGCGGCUCCGCCUUUGUACUGUGACAUUUGUCAUUUAAAUCUUUGUAAAGCCUGUGUUGGGGAACACCUCUUAAAUGAAAUCAAAGAACACAAAAUAGUGCCAUUUAAACAGCGAGGAUCUACUACUAAAUGUCAAAAACAUUUUUUGAAAAUAUGUGAACUUUACUGUGAACAAUGCGAAAUAUCUAUUUGUAAUUAUUGUGUUUCUUCUAAGGAACAUCAAGCUCAUGAUGUAGUAGACAUUUUGAAAAGUUUAGAAAGCAAGAAAGCUGUCGUACAUGAAGAUUUACAAGAACUGGAAACAUCCAUUUAUCCGAAAUAUCAAGAGAUUGUAUCCAACUUCCCAGUUCAGAGAGAUGAUCUGAUUAAAAAUUCCCAGAAAUUGAAAACGGCUAUUAACAUGUAUGGAGAAGAAUUGCACAGAAAAAUAGACACCAUUAUCAAAAGACUCAAUUUUGAUCUUGAGGAAAUGAACUCCAAACACCUGAUUGUCCUGAAAAAGCAAGAAGACGAAAUCAAAAGCACAAUUUCUGAAAUUAGAGCAAGCAUCGCCGAUCUGAAUAUAUUACUGAACUCCAAUGAUAUAAGCCUAGUCUCUGCAUACACAUCCAGAAAUGCUGAAUUCCGAAAUUUGCCUCCAAAACUAACAAUUUCCUUACCACGCUUUACCCCUCAGAAGAUUAACAUAGAACAACUUUAUCGACAGUUUGGUUCUCCAACGAUUUCACCCACAACAGAAGAACAUGGCUUCAAGUUGGAUUCUACAGGUGUUGAAUCUUCUCUUGACAGACAGCUCAUUGAUGUACCACUGAUCAUUUCAGAUAUAAACACAGGGUAUCGAGGAGUGUCUAGUGUGUGCUGUCUAAGAAGUGAACAAAUAUGGAUGUGUGGUUGCAGAAACAUUAUGCGACUCUAUAGCAUCAUGGGGGAAGUGAUGAAGUCAAUCGAAACCAAGUCAGGAAACUGGCCACAGGAUAUAGCAGUUACAGAAAGUGGGGAUUUAGUUUAUACUGACAAAGAUGAUAAAACUGUCAACAUAGUUAUUAAUGCACAGAUACAGACAGUGAUUAGACUACAUGAGUGGAAACCUCGCGGUGUCUGUUGUACCUCCGCUGGUGAUCUCCUGGUUGUAAUGGACAGUGAUGAUAACAAACAAACAAAGAUAGUGCGUUAUUCUGGAUCAAAACAGACACUUUGUAUUCAAUAUGGUGGAGAUGGACAACCUCUCUAUUCACCAGGGGGUACCAAAUACAUCAGUGAAAACAGGAAUCAAGAUAUCUGUGUGUCAGACCUAGGAGCAAAUGCAGUAGUGGUGGUCAAUCAGGCAGGGAAUCUCCGGUUUACCUACACUGGUUCUCUAUUUACUACCAAGGGAACAUACAAUCCAUUUGGCAUCACUACAGACACUCAGAGUCGGAUACUUACAGCAGACUAUAUAAACAACCGCAUCGACAUCCUGGACCAGAAUGGACAGUUCCUCCGCUACAUUGACAACUGUGAUUUUAACCAUCCAUACUGUCUAUGUGUUGAUACAGGAGACAACCUCUUUGUGGCCGAGUACCACACAGGCAACGUGAAGAAAAUCCAAUAUUGCAUGUAAUCAAAAUGUGAAUAUUUAUAUAUAGUGUGUACAUAUGUUCUACCAUCUGUAGACAAAUUAUGUGAAAAAUAUUACUUGGUUAACAAUACGAUAAACAGAGCAAGUGAAUAAAUAGUUUUAAAUGUG